UCAUUCUCUGCUUUGUGACUUUAACAAUGACCGAUGAGGGUAAAAAGCUUAAAUCGGCAGGGACCGGUCAAGCACAUAAACAUUAAGCAUCAGGGGAGACCACCGGCACCUACACAGAGCUGUAACACACCCAGACUUUCACUUUGACAUCACUACAGACGCAGAGUACGGUGUGCAUUUUCUGGGUCUGUGAACGGACUCUCUCCUGGGCCUGUCCUCCAUGAUCUACACAUUAGCGGGAGGGGGCACACUGAGCGGCGUGGCUGCCCUCAUGCUCCUCAUCGUUUCUACUGCGACUGACUACUGGAUGCAGUAUCGCUACUCGGGGAACUUCGCCAAUCAGGGUCUCUGGAGGUUCUGCAUCAACCGCAAGUGCCAUGCUCACACACUCACCGUGGCGUUCUGGGAUGCCACCCGGGCCUUCAUGCUGCUGUCUGUGCUGAGCUGCUUUGUCGGUGUUGUUCUGGGUGUCAGUGCCUUCACCAACAGAACCAAGAACACCAGAGUGAGAACAGGAGGCAUCACCUUUCUUCUGACUGGCUUCCUUGCGCUGUUAGCUUUGGCUAUCUACACCGGAAUGACUGUGAACUUUUUUGCUAAGCGCUACAUCGAGUGGAGAUUCUCCUGGUCCUACAUCCUCGGCUGGAUCGGCACCAUCCUGGCUCUGGCUGCUGGUGUACUUCAGAUCUGUGCCAACCAGAGAAGCCAUGCCGAACCAGCACCCCAAAACAUUUCGGACAGCUAAACUACUCCUAAAGUUUGAGCUGCACCUCCUGAAGUUUAAAAUCAUCCACAUUUAGAUGUUAAUCCAUAUUAAAUGCUGAAAGAUGAGUUCAAA